UCCAGAAAAAGAGACGAGGGAGGGAAAAAAGGCGCUUUUUUGUUUUGUCUCCUGUGUAAUUCGAUUUUUCUUUUGCAUCUCUCUGCACGUUGUUUAGAUCGAGGGGGAGGAAGAAGAGGGAGACGGAGGGGGAGGAAGAAGAGGGAGACGGAGGAGGAGGAAGAGGGAAAGAAUGUCGUCGUCGAAGGAUCAAGAGAGCGAUGUCUCCAUCGCUAAGCUCGCCGAGCAGGCCGAGCGUUCUGAUGAUGUGGUACCUUUAUCAUCUAGUAGCAGUGGACAAUCUAAAUCUCAGUCGGUUGAAAGUUUUGGUAAUAAAGAGAACGUCUUCAUGAAUGAUGCACCUAAAAGCAUUUUUGCAUGUAAAAAUUUUUUGGUCAAUGAUAUGAAUGAUGCGCCUGAAAGUAGCGUUGUUGCUAGUGACAAGAAAGAUGAACAUGAUACUAUUUUUACUAGUUCUGAAAACAAUAUAGAUGCAGACACUGGAAAUACUGUUGAUUCUCAUAUUCCGACAGAGGGAAUGCAGUUCGAUAAUGAAGAUGAUGCAUAUAAUUUUUACAAUGAUUAUGCUUUGGGACAUGGAUUCAGUGUUAGAAGGUCUUCUUGGGAUAAAAAUGCACAGGGUAUUACUGUGAGAAAGACAUUUGUUUGUUCUAAAGAAGGUUGGAAGAAUUCAAGUGGAAAUCCAACAACACGUAAGCCAGAUACAAGAUGUGGUUGUCCAGCAAGAAUGGUGUUAAGAAGACUUCCAAAUGGAAAAUAUUUUGUGCGUACCUUCAUAUGUGAUCAUAACCACCCUUUAGCAUCUCCAUCUACAUCUCAUUUGUUAAGGUCACAUCGUAAAGUGACAUCUUCCCGUUCUGCAACAAGUAAAUUAGCUAAUAAUGCUAACAUUGCACCAAAGAAGACGUAUCAGCACCUUGUGAAGGUAAAUGAUGAUCAUGAGAAUGUGUCAUUCACACCCAUGGAUUGUAGAAACCACUUGAGGAUAAAAAGAACAAAGACAAUGAAGAAUAGUGAAAUAUGUGCUUUGUUUGAUUACUUGCAAAAGAAAUCAAGCAGCGACCCUGGUUUUUAUAAUACAAUGCAAUUAGAUGAAGAUGGAUAUGUCACAAAUGUGUUCUGGGCAGACUCGAAAUCAAGAGUGGAUUAUGAAUGUUUCAAUGAUGUGCUUGUUUUCGACACAACAUUGAAGAUUAAUACUGAUCACUGGCCAUUUGUGCAGUUUGUAGGAGUGAAUCAUCACUCACAAAGUUGCGUUUUUGGUGGUGCAUUUUUGUCCGAUGAGUCCAUUGACUCAUUUGAGUGGUUGUUUAGAGUGUUUACAGAAGCAAUGAAUGGAAAACACCCUCAAGUUGUACUAACAGAUAUUGAUAACGCAAUUGCAGUUGCAGUGUCUCAUGUAUGGCCAAAUGCACAUCAUCGCCUCUGUUUGUGGCAUAUUUUCCAAAAUGCAGAGAAGUGCAUAGGUCACAUACUUAAUCAAAAGACAGGCUUCAAGGAGAGUUUUACAAGGUGCAUAUUUCAGUGUGAAGAUGAUGACACUUUUCGAUUUGCAUGGGAACAAAUGAUUCUUGUGUACAAUCUUGAAAAAAAUUUAUGGUUGCAAAGGUUAUAUAAAGAUAAAGGAAAGUGGGCAUUGGCAUAUGGAAGACAAUAUUUUUGUGCAGGUAUGAUAAGCACACAAAGAGUUGAAAGUAUGCAUGCUACAUUGAAAAAAUGUUUGUAUUCUUGCUUAACAAUCUUUUGUUUUAUGGAACAAUAUGAAGCAUUUGUAAAUGGUCUUAGACAAAGUGAACUCGAAGAAGACAUAAAAGGCUUUCAUACACGCCCAAUAACUUUGGGCAUGAAAAUAUUGAUGCAACCUGCAGAUCUAUAUACCCCAACCGCAUUUGAAUGGCUUAAGAAGGAAGUCAUUGAAGCUUUGAAUUGCAGCUUAGAAGUAGAUACACCAGAAGCAAAUAUGCAAAGGUACCAUGUGGUUUGGGAGGGAGAAGAGUUCCCUAAAAGGCAUGAAGCAUAUGUUACGUAUAAUGUUGGCAACAAAGCAGUUGAAUGUACAUGCAAAAAAUAUGAAUUUAAAGGUAUUUUAUGUCGUCAUGCAUUAAAGGCACUUGAUCGAGAGAACAUUAAAGAAAUACCCGAGUCAUAUAUUAUGCGAAGAUGGACAAAGAAUGCAAAGAUAAGAAUGUUGAAUACAAGCUGUUUAAGUGGUUCAAGUGUGGAUGAUAAAUGCUACGUGGCCUCCCGUUACCAACUUAUGUGCAGGUCACUUUUGCAUGUUGCAGAUUUGGCAUCAAAAAAUGAAGAAGCCUAUGAAUACAUGAGUAAAUUAACAAACGAUGCAUUAAAAAAGGUGUAUUUACUUCAUCACCAGUCCAUUGCAGCUCAUGGAAACCAGUAUGAAAAAACUAAAAGUGAAGGGCCAUAGUGAAAGUCCUACGACCUUAUGAAUACAUGAAUGGGGUUGAAAGGUACAUAUGAUCCAACUUUUUACAUCAGCUGCAUGAUGGCGGCAGUUGUGUUGAUCUCCUGGUUGUGUAAAGUUCUCAUCAUCAUGGUCAUGGAGCAAUAUAUCUCCAUCUGAAGUGCUUAUCCAUAAAAUGUGAGAAGGCUUAAGCAAAGGGUGCUCCAUUGUGGUAAGCCACAUGAUAUUGGUUGGUACUUGAUAUUAUCCUGGAUAAGUAUUUGAUGCAUUAAUGAUAUGCAAAAAAUAUAUGCUGUUUGUGCCUCUAAAGUUGUUGAAUGCACCAUGUGGUUCAGCAUGGAUUUUUAGAUAUAUUUUCCGUUUGACUAGGCCACGUUUCAGUCGUUCUCUUUAUUGUUGCAUGUGUCCACCAUUUCUUGAAUCCUUGUUUUUGCACUAACUGUAUUUUCCAGCAACACCACAUCAAUUACAAAGGAUGUAGUUGUAAAUCCAUUGGAUUUUCAAUACCUUGAAAGAAAUUCCUUCAUAAAAUAUAAGAUUGCAAUGUACUUUUGGUAAAGAAACACCUUGUCAAGUCUGUUUGCUUCAUGGAUCCCACAUCUCCAUUUGCAAUCCUAUGCAUGUUUGAGAAAUAGCAGUACCAUUUGCAAAUUGAUGAACGUUCACUCUCCCUUUGUGUCUGUAUAUUGGAUUUCGAUGACUAAAAAGCUUAAUCAUGCUCUAUUCCAUUGGUCAUGUUCAUGACCUUAUUCUGGUAUUUGAUGGCAGUACUGUUUAUGUAGGGUGAGUUCUCAUGUUAAGGUUCAACUGCUUUUAUUUCUUCAGACUUGAUAAACACAAGCUAGAAUUUUUCCAGCAGUGCUUUUAUUUGUACAUUUACUUUUAUGCAUGUUGACUUGUAUAAUUAAGAUUUCAUUAAGUUGCACGUGGAUCCUUCUCCAAAAUUUGUCCCAAAAAAGCAAUAUGUUUUCAAAUUGGCAGCUGAAUUUUUAUGUUUUCCAUCAGGCAAAUGGCAAUCAAAAUUUACCAAUGUUCAUGCAUCUGCUCAUGUGCAUGGCCGUAGUGCCAUGUAAACUUGAUGUGAGAUGGUUGCAGGAGAUGGACACCUCAAUUUUAUGAACAAUGGCAUGUGGCAAUACAUGUGGAAGUAUUGUAAUGUCUAUGAUGAAUUGAUGCAUAAAUCUUUCUGUUUUGUUUGCAAUUGCAAAUAUGCUGAUAUUUUUUAUUAUGCAUCAGUUGUCAGCUUUUAAUGCUUUUGGGGGUUCCUCUGUUGAAAAAGAUUGCGCAGGCUAUAGCUACUAUUCUGGUUCGUCGAACAUAUUGGCAUUUGGCAACUGUUCCUUACUGAUGGCAGGGCUUCUAAACCACCCUUCUUGUGAAUGGCUUUUGGUUGUCAAGAUGUAAAGUUCAUCUUUGACGCAGAUCUGUCCUUCCAGCGUUUAAAUGCUUGAUCAUCCUAUAUGCAAAUCUGCUGUAUGACUGUACCCUCUGUGUAUCAUAGUAAGAAAUUCAUCUGUCUCUUCAUAAAGUUCUAUAUCUUUUUUUGCAAGUGUUUUAUUUAACAUCCUCUAGAUAUUGUCGGUCAGCGCACAUCCUCCAUCAGGAGGGCGAUGGAUCUUGCCAAGGUAAGAUCUUUUUUGAAAUUUUUUAUGUGCUUCAUCAGGGUUAAAAUGUUAAACCCUGUCAAAAAAAAUAAUUUUCCGUGCUUGAAUAUACUGCACCUAUUUUUCAAAUAUACAUGGACAGUCCUUUUAUUGUGCCAGUAAUCUUGGGAAUCGGAAUCCCAUGAAAGUCUAUGAGAGUUCCCUUUGAUCUUCUAUUGGUCAAUUUGUUCAAGGGAUUGCAGUCCAUUGUUCUUGUUGAUAUCUAUUGGAAAAUUACUAUGAAUUAAGCAUGUCAAGUGUCAGCAGGUUCAACGUCCUGUACCCUGGGGGACUUGGUCCUUUAUUCAAUUCUCAGAUUAUGGUAUCAGACAGGAAUACUUUCUGCCUGGAUGUACUGUUCGUAAAACCAUCUGCUUAUAAAGACUACAUAAACCAUACCUGUUCCAAAUUGUAAAUUUAUGCUUUUCAUUUUCAAAAUUGCAGAUCUGAGUUAGGUUCAAGGGCAUUUCAUAUGACCAUCUGGGUCUGGCUAGAAUUCCUUGUCAGACCUCCUAAAUUAUCAAACCAGAAGUCUUUCAUGUUCAGUGCUAGUUGAAUUUGCAAGAGUGGGUCACUGGCAUACUGCCAAAAGUUAUAAUUUGCUUAGUCAAGGUCUCAUUGUUAACCUGCAGACACACACUCUCUCUUUCUGUGGAUACUGGAUAUAUAUAUAUAUAUAUGGUUUGCUUGUGCACCAUAUCUUGUUUUCUUGCUUCUGUGUUGAUACAAGUGCUUCACCCUUGUAGGCAAGUCUGACAGUGAUAGAGAAUGUACAUACAGAACCAAGUUGCUGUUUGGUAUAGCAGCAUGAUUUUUAUCUAAUUUUUAGAGGAUGAGUUGUUCUGGUCCUCUGGAAGCUUUCUUUUCUUGCAUUUUCAUGUUCAAGUUAUUUCCUGGCAUAUGAGACAUGGUUCCCUUCUAGGCCUUCACUUUAUGAGAGCUGAAGUUGAAUGAUCUUUGAAUGUUCUUCCUGUUGCCAUUAAGUAUCUGGUGUUAUGAAUGUGGACAGAGGAAAGGAUACAUGGAUUGCAGAUGAUUGGAUGGAGGGAAGUGGCUGUGAGCUUUCAUUCAGCAUUUUGGCCCAUUUUUUGCUUACAACAUUCCUGUGAAGCAAGAAAGGCUGCAUAUUGCUGGUACAAGGGUGGUUGCUCCAUGGACCACCUAAAACAUAGCUCUCAAGGGCCUCGUGACAAAUAAAGCUGCGAGCCUCCGUAUCUUGGGAAGCGAGAGACGAUUCUUUUGAGCUUUAGUUACACUGAAAAAUGGAAUCAAAGUGGUGUUGCCUUAGGAGUAAAUUUGUCUCGCAGAGUCUUGGAAAGUAUGGUGAAAAAGGAAGAUGGAGGUUUAGAUGGCGACUAGAAACUGAGUAUUCCUAGAACUUGGUUGGUUAAGGGUUUGCCUUGUAUAAUUACGUGUAGUGUCUCGAUUUUAGAAGUGAUAGACGUUAUUGGAUAGCAUUUGGAAACAGAAAUGAGGUUUUCUGUUAGUUCACAUUGGAAAUAUUUGAUAAUCAAAGGCCUGAAUUUUGUUAUUUCUGAAA